UAACGCUCCGCCGGCGCCAAUUUCAAACAGCGGAACAAACUGAAAGCUCCGGUGCCAGACCCCACCCCCGGCCCCGGCCCGGGACCCCCUCCCCUCCCGGGAUCCCCCGGGGUUCCCACCCCGCCCGUACCGCCGGGGACCCGGCCGGUCCGGCGCGAGCCCCCGUCCGGGGCCCUGGAUCGGCCCCCGGGUUGGAGGAGCCCGGAGCCCGCCUUCGGAGCGACGGCCUAACGGCGGCGGCGACUGCAGUCUAGAGGGUCCACACUUGUGAUUCUCAAUGGAGAGUGAAAACGCAGAUUCAUAAUGAAAACCAGCCCCCGUCGGCCAUUGAUUCUCAAAAGACGGAGGCUGCCCCUUCCUGUUCAAAAUGCCCCAAGUGAAACAUCAGAGGAGGAACCCAAGAGAUCCCCUGCCCAACAGGAGCCUAAUCAAGCAGAGGCCUCCAAGGAAGUGGCAGAGCCCCACUCUUGCAAGUUUCCAGCUGGGAUCAAGAUUAUUAACCACCCCACCAUGCCCAACACCCAAGUAGUGGCCAUCCCCAACAAUGCUAAUAUUCACAGCAUCAUCACAGCACUGACUGCCAAGGGAAAAGAGAGUGGCAGUAGUGGGCCCAACAAAUUCAUCCUCAUCAGCUGUGGGGGAGCCCCAACUCAGCCUCCAGGACUCCAGCCUCAAAUCCAAACCAGCUAUGAUGCCAAAAGGACAGAAGUGACCCUGGAGACCUUGGGACCAAAACCUGCAGCUAGGGAUGUGAAUCUUCCUAGACCAUCUGGAGCCCUUUGCGAGCAGAAACGGGAGACCUGUGAUGGUGAGGCAGCAGGCUGCACUACCAACAAUAGCCUUUCCAACAUCCAGUGGCUUCGAAAGAUGAGUUCUGAUGGACUGGGCUCCUGCAGCAUCAAGCAAGAGAUGGAGGAAAAGGAGAAUUGUCACCUGGAGCACAGACAGGUUAAGGUUGAGGAGCCUUCGAGACCAUCAGCGUCCUGGCAGAACUCUGUGUCUGAGCGGCCACCCUACUCUUACAUGGCCAUGAUACAAUUCGCCAUCAACAGCACUGAGAGGAAGCGCAUGACCUUGAAAGACAUCUACACUUGGAUUGAGGACCACUUUCCCUACUUUAAGCACAUUGCCAAGCCAGGCUGGAAGAACUCCAUCCGCCACAACCUUUCCCUGCAUGACAUGUUUGUCCGGGAGACGUCCGCCAAUGGCAAGGUCUCCUUCUGGACCAUUCACCCCAGUGCCAACCGCUACUUGACAUUGGACCAGGUGUUUAAGCCACUGGACCCAGGGUCUCCACAAUUGCCCGAGCACUUGGAAUCACAGCAGAAACGACCGAAUCCAGAGCUCUGCCGGAAUGUGACCAUCAAAACUGAACUCCCCCUGGGUGCACGGCGGAAGAUGAAGCCACUGCUACCACGGGUCAGCUCAUACCUGGUGCCUAUCCAGUUCCCGGUGAACCAGGCACUGGUGUUGCAGCCCUCGGUGAAGGUGCCAUUGCCCCUGGCGGCUUCCCUCAUGAGCUCAGAGCUCGCCCGCCAUAGCAAGCGAGUCCGCAUCGCCCCCAAGCUUCUGGGUUUCCAGUCUUGGUUAAGAAGGUCACCCGCACCCUCAGAUUGUAUAUGUAGUCUCCUAGAUUCUCUUUCAGGAUUUGUAUGAUUUUAAAGUUUUCAUUUUUUUUAAAGCCAGUCAAAUUUAGCAGUUGGGGGUUGUGUACCAACUUUAGUGACAAUAAUGUCACUACCCACUACCAUCAGAGCAGCCUAAGGUUCUUAUUUUCAUGCAUUAAAUCUUUGUAUACAGUGUAAGAUAAGCAUGCAAUUUUAUUUUCUCUCGGAUGAAUGCUAUUAUAAUUAUGCCACUACAUACUCUCAUCUUUUACCCCCAGAACUGAACUACCAACUUCAACAUACAUUGUAUUCUCAUAUUUAAUAGAUUUUAAGACUUUAAAAUGACAAAAAGAGGAUCAGAACCAGUAUGUGAUUUUUUUGUGCGUCCUGUCUGGUGACCGUUGGUUGAAGCCAGAGUUCCCUUUCACCUUGUCUCUGUUUCCCUUUCAGGUACUGCUAGCUGAGGAGGGGAUAGCUCCUCUUCCUUCUGCAGGACCAAGGAAAGAGGAGAAACUCCUGUUUGGAGAAGGGCUGUCUCCUUUGCUUCCAGUCCAGUCUAUCAAGGAGGAAGAAAUCCAGCCUGGGGAGGAAAUGCCACACUUAGCGAGACCCAUCAAAGUGGAGAGCCCUCCCUUGGAAGAGUGGCCCUCCCCGGCCCCAUCUUUCAAAGAGGAAUCAUCUCACUCCUGGGAGGAUUCGUCCCAAUCUCCCACCCCAAGACCCAAGAAGUCCUACAGUGGGCUUAGGUCCCCAACCCGGUGUGUCUCGGAAAUGCUUGUGAUUCAACACAGGGAGAGGAGGGAGAGGAGCCGGUCUCGGAGGAAACAGCAUCUACUGCCUCCCUGUGUGGAUGAGCCGGAGCUGCUCUUCUCAGAGGGGCCCAGUACUUCCCGCUGGGCCGCAGAGCUCCCGUUCCCAGCAGACUCCUCUGAGCCUGCCUCCCAGCUCAGCUACUCCCAGGAAGAGGGAGGACCUUUUAAGACACCCAUUAAGGAAACGCUGCCUGUCUCCUCCACCCCGAGCAAAUCUGUCCUCCCCAGAACCCCUGAAUCCUGGAGGCUCACGCCCCCAGCCAAAGUAGGGGGGCUGGAUUUCAGCCCAGUACAAACCCCCCAGGGUGCCUCUGGCCCCUUGCCUGACCCCCUGGGGCUGAUGGAUCUCAGCACCACUCCACUGAAAAGUGUUCCCCCCUUUGAAUCACCGCAAAGGCUCCUCAGUGCAGAACCCUUAGACCUCACCUCUGUCCCCUUUGGCAACUCUUCUCCCUCAGAUAUAGAAGUCCCCAAGCCAGGCUCCCCGGAGCCACAGGUUUCUGGCCUUGCAGCCAAUCGUUCUCUGACAGAAGGCCUGGUCCUGGACACAAUGAAUGAUAGCCUCAGCAAGAUCCUGCUGGACAUCAGCUUUCCUGGCCUGGAGGAGGACCCACUGGGCCCUGACAGCAUCAACUGGUCCCAGUUUAUUCCUGAGCUACAGUAGAGCCCUGCCCUUGCCCUUGUGCUCAAGCUGUCCACCAUCCUGGGCACUCCUGUGGCUGGGCAUUCCAAGGCUCAGUGCACCCCAAGCCUCUGAGUGAGGACAGCAGGCAGGGCCUGUUCUGCUCCUCUUAGCUCCCUGCUGCCUGAUUAUGCAAAGGUAGCAGUCACACCCUAGCCACCGCUGGGACCUUGUGUUCCCCAAGAGUAUCUGAUUCCUCUGCUGUCCCUGCCAGGAGCUGAAGGGUGGGAACAACAAAGGCAAUGGUGAAAAGAGAUUAGGAACUCCCCAGCCCGUUUUCCAUUCUCUGCCCAGCAGUCUCUUACUUCCCUGAUCUUUGCAGGGUGGCCCGUGUAAAUAGUGUAAAUUCUCCAAAUUAUCCUCUAAUUAUAAAUGUAAGCUUAUUUCCUUAGAUCAUUAUCCAGAGGCUGCCAGAAGGUGGGUAGGAAGACCUGGGGUUUCAAUUGACUUCUGUUCCUUUUAGUUUCGAGCGAAGGGAAGACCUGCAGUGCACGGUUUCUUCCAGGCCGAGGUACCUGGAUCUUGGGUUCUUCACUGCAGGGACCCAGACAAGUGGAUCUGCUCGCCAGAGUCCUUUUUGCCCCUCCCUGCCACCUCCCCGUGUUUCCAAGUCAGCUUUCCUGCAAGAAGAAAUCCUGGUUAAAAAAAGUCUUUUGUAUUGGGUCAGGAGUUGAAUUUGGGGUGGGAGGAUGGAUACAACUGAAGCAGAGUGUGGGUGCCCAGCUGUGUGCUAUUAGAUGUUUCUCUGAUAAUGUCCCCAAUCAUACCAGGGAGACUAGCAUUGACGAGAACUCAGGUGGAGGCUUGAGAAGGCCGAAAGGGCCCCUGACCUGCCUGGCUUCCUUAGCUUGCCCCUCAGCUUUGCAAAGAGCCACCCUAGGCCCCAGCUGACCGCAUGGGUGUGAGCCGGCUUGAGAACACUAAUUAUUCAAUAAAAGUGAGAGUGGA